CUGAAAUAUGGUUCCCCUAUUAUUACCCAAACCUACCUACGCACCCAUCAAACGCUCGAUAGUCCAUUCGUAUCUUCAGAAAUAUUCGAAGAGAAAGAAGACAUACGCCGCAAUUUAGCCUAUUAAGCGAUAUGGGCUCCUUGUCUCUGAAUAAGCUAAUACGGGAACCUUUGAAACGAGGGUCGUCUAUUGACCAUCUCGAAUAUGUUGAUAGUAGCCCCAUAAUAGGCCGAGAGUAUCCCACAGCCAAGCUCAAGAACAUAAUUCAAGCCACCAAUGCCGAUAAACAGUUGAGAGACCUUGCCAUAACGAUCUGCGAGCGUGGCGUCGUUUUCUUCAGGGCUCCUCAAGAUGAUCUCUCUAUCGAAGAACAGAAGUAUAUCACCGACAUGCUAGGAAAGUUAACCGGAAGACCUGCGGAACAUGGGUUGCACGUACAUCCCCUAUAUAAUGACCCUAAUAACCUUCCUAUGGCAGAUGGAACUACUGAUAGGAACAUCUACGUAAUCAACUCAGAGGCAGCUAAGAAGUUGUAUGCGACGAUGAAAAAUCGGCCUGGCUCAGGCAGCGAACCUCGAGAUCUAGGUAGAGAAUGGCACAGUGAUAGUCUUUUCGAGAAUUGUCCGUCCGACUUUUCCUUCCUACGAAUGCAGGACACACCGCCCGCUGGUGGUGACACUCUCUGGGUAUCCGGGUACGAGUUAUACGACCGCCUGUCGCCUCCAUUCCAAAAGUUCCUCGAAACUUUGACAGCCACAUGUGCGCAACCAGUUUUUGAGUCAGCAUGUAAAGCUGGAGGAUACGAAGUCACGUCCCCCCGAGGCUCUCCUCUUAACGUCAACUACGAAUUCUCCCCAUCUCACCCAGUCAUACGCACACACCCUGUAACAGGUUGGAAGUCUUUGUUUGCGGGUGUCGGCUUACAUGUUAGUCGCAUCAAUGAUGUUUACUCUUAUGAAGAUUAUAUGAUCCGCGACUACGUCAUGCGUCUGAUCACGCGCAAUCAUGACUGCGUAGCACGGAUGCACUGGACAAGAGGAGCUUGUGCUAUUUGGAGUAAUCUCUGUACUCUUCACGCUGCCACCCCCGACACACAUCUUGUAGAAGGCAUAAGGACCGGCGUACGAGCUUCGGGCAUUGGCGAAAAACCAUAUCUUGAUCCAGCUAGUACGGGAAGGAGAGAAGGGUUAGGAUUAUCCUCAUUUUAAGCUUAAGUAGUUGAAUUCGGGUUGUCAUAUCAGACGGACCUUCCGGAAUUCCAAAUAAGACAUCUGGUCUUCCUCCAGGUUGGUACCUAGCUAGGGGUCUAUGGGAUCGGGAUUCGGCCCGUAGAGUCCUUGUGAGGGUCCUGCUGGCCGCUAGCCCUAGGAGCAGGAUGGACAAAGAGCUUCACCUUAUAUAUAUACCGUGUUCUCUACAGCGAGAGUAGUUAGG